GAUUCUCUCUGAAAAACUCUGACGAUAAGAUGUGCCUUUAAAGUAUUUUUAUACUAUGUUUUAAAUCAAUAAAACAACUAAAACAACAAUAGACGGUUUUUAAAAUGUAUUUGUAUUUUCUUACCGUGAUUUAUUAAACAGGCAUAUCUCACGACGCCUCUGCUUUAAUUAAGGACCCCUGAACUGGCGUGUCCUGUCUGACACAACAUUAGCUAACAAGCUAACAGGCUAAAUAGCAGUCAGAUGAGAAGAAACUUAAAACACGUAAUAGAACAUGUCGGACGUGCCUCUGGAAGAAAGAGACGAACACGCUGGACGUCGCGGAGGUGGAGAGCAGGAUUAAAGCGCUGUGUCAGCAGUUCCCUCAUGGCAUCACAGACCAGGUGAUCCAGAACGACAUGCCUCACCUGGAGCCCCAGCAGAGAGCCAUGGCCAUCAACAAGCUGCUGUCACUGGGUCAGCUGGACCUGCUCAGGAACAGCUCAGGUCUCUUGUACAGGAUGAAGGACAUUCAGAGCACCAGUAAGAUGAAAGGCUCAGACAACCAAGAGAAGCUGGUCUAUCAGGUCAUCGAGGACGCAGGAAACAAAGGAAUCUGGAGCAGAGACAUCCGCUUCAAGAGCAACCUCCCUCUGACGGAGGUCAACAAGAUCCUGAAGAACCUGGAGAGCAAGAAGCUCAUCAAAGCUGUCAAAUCUGUCGCUGCGUCAAAGAAGAAGGUUUACAUGCUGUACAACCUGCAGCCGGACCGCUCGGUGACGGGGGGCGCCUGGUACAGCGACCAGGACUUUGAGUCGGAGUUCGUGGAGGUUCUCAACCAGCAGUGCUUCAAGUUUCUGCAGAGCAAGGCUGAAGCAGCGAGGGACAACAAGCAGAGUCCGAUGGUUCAGAGGAACAGCUCCUUCGCCACCUCGCAUGAAGUCUGGAAGUACAUAUGUGAGCUGGGGAUCAGCAAGGUGGAUCUGUCCAUGGACGACAUUGAGACCAUCCUCAACACGCUGAUCUACGACGGGAAGGUGGAGAUGACGGUCAUCGCUGCCAAGGAGGGAACGGUGGGCAGCGUGGACGGGCAGAUGAAACUCUACCGCGGCGUGAACCCUGUCAUCCAACCACGGGCCCUCGUCAGGACGCCCUGCGGACUCUGCCCGGUGUUUGACGACUGUCACGAAGGAGGAGAGAUUUCUCCAUCCAACUGCAUCUACAUGGCGGAGUGGUUGGACUUCUGACUGCGGCUCGGAGGAAGGCGUACGUUAUUUUCUCAGCGAUCUGUGAUCCUCCCUCUUUUUUAUUUUUCUAUUUAUCUCAAUGUUCCAAUAAAAAGAAAAGCUGAAUGUG